AUGAAUAGCAACGAGGUAAAUAAUGAAGUAAGUGUAGAUGAAAGAAUUAACAAUGUGAAACAUUUAUUUUGUGAAAACGAAGAAGAAAUUAAAAAAGUUAAUGAAAUUAUUGAAGAGACUGAUCAGGUUUUGUAUAAUUUUGCUUCGAAUAAAGAAGGGUAUACUAAGUACAGUUCACUGGAUGACGAAUCUCAUUUAUAUUUCAAAAAAGUUAAUAAUGUAGACGUAGGAAAACUCACCCUUAUAUUCCGUGACUGUACGAAGCUCGAAAAGUUAAUACAAAUAAUAUGGGAUGAAAAUGGAACAAAAAAAUUUGACCCACACUUUAUAGAAGGCAAAAUUCUGCGCGUAUACAAUAAAGAUCUAAUCCUAUUACAACAAAGCUAUAAGGGUACACUAGGAAAUGAGGGAAGAUACUUUUACAUUCUUGCACAUAAAAAAAAGCUUAACAAGGACACAUACCUAAUUGCAUGUGCGUCGGUAAAUGUAAAUGAUAAUAAGAAAAAUCAAAGUAGUUUCAAAAAUCCGUUUAUCAGUAGUGCUAGUUCCUUUUCACUGAACAUUGAAUGUGACGAACAAAUUAAAAGCUCCUCAUUACGAAAAAUGUUUAUUAAUGUAUCUGGAUAUUAUAUAAAAAGAGAAGACACCUGUCUUAAUUGUACAUACAUUUCUUCGAUUGAACUUGAUACGUCACCGUUGAUUCCGCAAUUUAUUAUACGAAAAAUUAAAGCAAGUAAAAUGUCACAGCUAAAAACAUUAAAAAAUCAUCUUUGA